AUGAAUCUUAACAACGUACGUCCAUUUGUUCAUAUUGGUAUUAUAUCUCCAAAUGCAACUUUUCCGUCACGUGCAACUUUUGGAGCAGCAGGUUUCGAUCUAUCCUCUAGUGAAAAUUAUACUAUUCCAAGUAAAUGUCGUGAAUUAAUAUCGACUGGAAUAAAAAUGUCUAUUCCAGAAGGUUGGUAUGGACGCAUUGCUGGUCGUUCUGGACUGGCAAUAAAAUAUGGUAUUGAUGUAAUGGGUGGUGUAGUCGAUGCUGAUUACAACGGUGAGAUUUUUGUUAUUUUGAUAAAUCAUGGAAAUGAUGUAUUCCAAGUGAAGAAAGGUGCAAGAGUUGCACAAAUUAUUUUUACUAAAUGUAUGACUGAUAUUGGUGUUUUGUGUGGACCAGAAUUCAUUUAUUCUGGUUAUAUUCAAAAAGUUGAACCAUCAAGAAUUAAUAGUUGUGAGCCUCAAGAUUAUUCCACUCGUGUCCGUACAAAUAAUUUAAUGAUGAUUCAAGAAAAUUCUGCUAAUAGCACAAGCGAUAAUAAUGGCGUUAUGUUUGGUGCGUCAUCUUCUGACAUAUCAUUGUCGAAACAAUAA